AUGACCCCAGAAGCCCCCCAUUUAAAGCGUCUCGGUAGCAGACUGUCGCGGUUGCGCCGCAGCUCGGCGGUGCGUCAGCUGAAGCGCAGUCUUGCGGGGUUUACUGUGGGUCUGUUCCUCGCGUCAGUUUACGGAGUGACAGCGCUGUACAUCCAGAACCACAAUCUCUGGUUCUGCAUCAUCACCACCAGCGUGCUCGCCGCCUGCGCGGGGUUUGGUACUGGCCUCUCGGACCGCGUGCGCACCAACGUCGCGCUGAUGUUCCCAAUGCUGUGCUCGAGCAGGGGUAAAAAUGUCCUUCUUUUCCUCAUCUGUACCUUGGUUAUCCAAGGCCCAGUGAGCAACACUGUGGAGAAUGUUGAACGGGCUGCAGACAGUGUGAUCUGUGGUGCAGAAGUGGCCAUGAACCAAACACAGCAGCUCCUGCAGCGUGCCGCCAACCCACUGUUACCGGCCCUGAGUAAGAUAAAGCAGAUGGCGAGGAAUGCUCACUCAAUGGCAGGCCGAGCACAAAACUUCAUCAGAGCUUUAACGGAAUCUGUGCGGCAUGUCGCUCGUACUUUAAGAAAUGUACUGCACUUCUUGGCAACUAUUGGUGACGUGUGCAAUGACAAUCUGGGUUUGCCAUAUCAGAAGUGCACUAGGCUGUUUGAUGAGGCCCGUGAGAACUGUGUGGAGCUGCUCUCGGUGUUUUCGUUCCUCUGCCAUCUCCUGGACGGAUUCCAGUCUCUCUGCGGGCUUGCACGUGUGGAACAGCUGUUCUGCAUUUUACCAUCAUAUAUUGCUGACCACAUCAAGACUGCUUUGGCUUUUCCAACCAUUGCAGCCUUUGAUCGAAUUAAAAAGGAGUUUGAAUUCAACAUUUCUACCUCCAUCAACUUUGACCUGCUUCUGAACAACAGUCAGUCCAUGCAGGAUGCUGCUCAGAAGAUCAUGGAGGAGGUGUCAGAGGAGCUGGGCCUUCUCCAGGAGCUUAAGCUUUUACUGGCAUACUUGGGUUUCUUCCUGCUUCUCUUUAUGUAUCUCCAGGCUGUUUUGUACAAAAACCGUUACCUUCAUAAUGAUAACUUUGAAAACAUCUACAUAACCGACCAGUUUAUUGAACUGGACAGGAAGCGCUCCAGACUGGGCAAAGCAGCUGUACUUCCCCUCAGCCGCAGAGAAACAUUCACCUACAUCAGGCCCUGCUCUCUUUAUCUGACUGUGAGAGAGAGACGGGCUAUAGCAGGUCAGAUGCUGUCUUUGCUCAGGUAUAUGGUUAUGACUGUCAUACUGAUAGCUGUUGACCUCAUGGUGUUUUGGGUGUUUGAGCUGGUACACCACCAAGCCCAGGGUGAAAUCGUCGCCCAAGCUCCUGUAGUGGUUGCAGUGAAUGUGAAUGGAUCUGGUUAUGCCUCGGAUAUCUUUAGGGACAUCGCAGCCUCAUUUGACAUCCUGCAGAAAGGAAACAUCACUGUGCUUAGCAAGAAAUGUCUCAUGAAGCCUUUGGAGCCGGACUACAUGGCAUACCUGCUCAUUGGACUUCUUUAUGGCUUCACUAUGUUUAUUACCAUUGCUGGUGGCUACAUCAAACGUUUACAGAGAUUUGUGUGUGCCAGCUACCAUCCUGAAAGAGAGAAAAAGAGAAUCCAGUACCUCCAUGGGCAUAUUCUCAAUCAGCGUGCGUCUUUAGGAAAAGCCCUACUGAGGGCUGUACAACGAAACAGGAUAGACCAGCAGCAUGACGGCGUUCUACAAACACUGGCCAAACUCUUGCCAGGGGGUGCCAUCAUAGCCAGGCUCCUGGAUAUCGGUAAAGAAUCGUGUGUGGCCUGUGGGAAAGUGUUGAAUACGAGAGGUCAUGAUGACAAAGUGCAUAUCUGCCCUACCCCUCACUGCACAGGCCGUUACUGCUCGCUGUGCUUCAGACUGAUGGGGAAGCUCUGUGCUAUCUGUACAGCGCCGCUCAGAUUCCACGAGGACCAAGAGCUAGACUCCAGUGAUGAGGAGCUAGCCAGUCUAUGGGAGAGCGCCGUAACGUCACCUCCGCCCGGCCAGAGCAUAGGAAAGGAAAGAGGAAAAGAGAGGGAAGGAGUAACGAUCAGCAUUUGCAAUCAGGAUCAUUCUAUAUGGGUCAACGGAAAAACCAGCCACCAAAAUGUUGAGGUUAAUAACAGAGUUUGA